AUGUUCGACAGCGACGACUUGGACCCUCAGUCGUUGAUGGAGCCUGCGCCCCCAGCAUGGGUAAUGCAGGAACCUGAAGACCUUCUAGAACGGCUGGACCAGAUCGCCCUAGUGAGCAUGAAGACGCAGGACGCGCCCCGGAGCAUCAUGGAGAAGAUUGUGAGGUUGCUCCGAGACUUCGGCCAAAAGCAGGACCUGCAGCGGUACGGCCGCUACCUGCUGAAGCGACAGCGAUCGCGGACCUCCACGGAGAUACCAGCAGUCCUCCCGUCUGCCUUCUUGCCAGAGGGCGAGGGCGAAGGUGAAGGCCCCAUUGCGAAGAUGCGCAAGAACCCGGCCUUCAAGGACCUCUUCGACCACGCAGGGGUGCGGAAUCUGGACGACUCCACCAUGCGACGGCUGGCAAUUGCGCACAUGCAGGACCGGCGGCAUGUGCUCUACCAGAUGUUCUGGUCACCAGAGGCUGCCCUCACGUACCUGGCGCAUCGCUACCCAGCCACCUGGGCCACCAACUUCCGCAUCCUCUACGAGCUCAAGAGGCGAGCUCCCGACUUCCAGCCGAUAAGGGUCAUGGACUACGGUGCCGGGCCCACACCGAGCUUGGCAGCGGUCCAGGAGAUCUGGCCAGGGGUCAUGGAGUACGCCACGGCAAUCGAGCCGUCGGAGCACAUGACGCAGCUCGGAAAGUACCUCAUGACGGACCUGGACAUGCCACCGAUCAAUUGGCAGCGCUGCCUAUACGACUCGGUGGACGAACCUUUCGACCUCAUCACCGUGAGCUACGUGCAGACAGAGGUGAAAGGCCAAGACUCGCGGGACGUCUUGGUGAAGCGCCUGUGGUCUAGGUAUUGUCGCUGGCUCGCCAGCACCAUGAAAAGCCUAGCAGACAGUACUAGCCACGAGAACCUGCACUGCUCGUUCUUGCCACGGUAG